AUGAGUGCUGCUACCAAGGAUGAUGAGACGUAUCCCAGAAAAAUACUCGAGUACAUGGAGGGGUUCUUGAUAUCGAAGACCCUGUUUGCUGCGUGUGAGUUGGGAGUGUUUGACCACCUGGAGCAGGCAGAGCGCCCCCUGUCUGCAGCUGAGGUAGCGCAGGGCCUGGACACCAGCCUGGAUGGAACCCAGAGGCUCCUCUCUGCCUGUGCCGGACUGGAGCUUUUAACUGUACAGCAGUGCAAUGAUCAAGAGGUGUACAGCAAUACUGGUCUGUCGAGUAGGUUUCUGACCCAGACGGGAGCCCAGUCUCUGUACCACUCCAUCCAGUACAACUCCAAGACGAUCUAUCUCUGCUGGCACUACCUGACCGAUGCAGUGAGGGAAGGACAAAACCAGUAUGAAAAGGCCUUUGGUGUUUCCUCCAAAGAUCUUUUCGAGGCUCUGUACAGGUCAGACGAAGAGAUGUUAAAGUUCAUGCAUCUGAUGAACUCUAUCUGGAAUGUAUGCAGCAAAGAUGUGGUCUCCGCUUUCGAUCUCACUCCCUUCAAGAUCAUCUAUGACCUUGGAGGCUGCAGCGGCGCGUUAGCCAAACAGUGUACUGUGACGUACCCCUCGUCCACCGUGACCAUCUUCGACCUCCCCAAGGUGGUGCACAUGUCAAGGGAACACUUUGUGUCAGCUCAGGACAAGAGGAUUUCAUUCCAUGAAGGGGACUUUUUUAAGGACGAUCUGCCUGAAGCUGACCUCUACAUCCUGGCCAGGAUACUGCAUGACUGGACUGAUGAGCGCAGCUCCCAGCUCCUGGCCAAAGCCUACCGCUCCUGUAGUCCGGGUGGUGGGGUGUUGCUGGUGGAGGCUCUCCUCCAUGAGGACGGUAGUGGGCCCCUGACCGCCCAGCUCUACUCCCUCAACAUGCUGGUGCAGACGGAGGGCCGCGAGCGCAAGGCCUCCGAGUACGCUCGACUCCUCACCGCCGCCGGCUUCACCAACAUCCAGGUCCAGCGCACCGGCAAGAUCUACGACGCCAUCCUCGCCAGGAAGUAG